ACUGUCCUGUUUGUGGGUGUCUCCAUUCCUCUGUGAGUCCUUCACAUUUGGGGACUGGGACCCUCUGCUGUCUGGACCCGGCCAGCUAGUCCCACCAUGGCACUUCAGGAUGUGGUCUUCCUGCUGCUCUUUUUCAUGAAGUUAGGCCACGGAGCCUCCCUGGAGGACUACGUGAGCACCCAGGGGGCCUCGCUGUUCAGUCAUAGAAAAGAGUUGCGGGAGGCCAAUAGCAUUGAGGACUGUGCCUCCAAGUGUGAGGAGGCGGACUUUACCUGCAGAUCCUUCCAGUUCCACAGCAAAGAGCAACAGUGUGUGAUCAUGGAUGAGAACAGCAAGACAGCAGGUGUGGCCCGCAUGACUGAUGUGAUUCUGUUCGAGAAGAAAGUGUAUCUUUUAGAGUGCAGGACCGGGAACGGAAGGACCUACAGGGGGACUGUAUCCACCACGAAGUCUGGCAAGGCCUGUCAGAAGUGGGCAGAAACCUCUCCACACAUUCCCAAGUAA